UGUUUUUAAGUUAGCUUUUAUUCAAAUAAUGCUAGGAAUUAUUUAAAAUUAUUAAAUUGCACUUGUGCGAUUUUCCAAUAGAUCUGAUUGGCAAACUACAGUUUGAACGCAGUACUAUCUUUGUAUACAAUUCGCGCAUACUCCACUUUUACCGCUCCAUUGCGAUGUAAAAGCAACAGCAAAGGCAAUUUAGUAGUCUUGGGGUGUUCUUCUUCAAGGCAGGUUUUAUUAUUAGUAAAAUGGCGAUAGGAUUCAAUUCGUUAAGAACUACAGCAGACAAUUCGUGUGUUAUUGAUAAAGUGAAUGAGUAAAAUUCGAAUAAUUUACAAAGUGUAAAGUGAAUAAACAAUUUUUAAUUGUGAUUUGGAAUCAAAAUAAAAAUGGAAAGUCUCGUUAAAAAAGUUCAAGAGAACCAGAUAAAAUCAGAAAAUGGGAGAGAUGUUGAGGUGUUUGCUACCGGCGGGAAUGAUAUUCCUUUUGCACCUAAUAAACAAAGUUCUGAGCAGCAGCAACAGCCACAAAAGACAAAACGUAAACACCGUCGUGGCAAACCAAAACCGAAAAAUGCAAAUAAACCGUACAAAAAGUCGAAUUGGAAAUUUCAGGUACCACGACCGAAUUUCAAUGGUGGUUGCGGAGGAGGAGGUGGCGGUGGCAUGAAUAAUAGGAAUGGGGCACGCCCCAAAAUACUCCGAUCACGUUCACUGGUGCCAUACAAUACGAAUAAGUUCCUCAUGGAAGAACAUUUGGCUGAUGUGCCCAGUGCGCUGCUCACACCCUCUGGUCGUACACGCGAUUCCAGCUUCUCUGUUGAUUCAGAGGAUAAUUACUUCUUCUCUCUGCCAGAAGAUGAGGAGGAAUUUCUCACAAAGGAAUUUGCCAAUGUAUAUGAGAAGGCGCGGGUUGAACGGUUGGAAAAUUUAACUAAGCAACAACUUAUAGAGGAGUGUCUACAAAUUGAAGAUCGAUAUUCAUCCGACCAGGGACGUCAACAGCAAAUGAAUGUGCAGCGCAUUAGCUCGGAGUUCAUGACGAAGAUACGAAUUUUAGAGGAAAAAGUGCGCGAACUGUCUCGUGAAAAUUACAAUUUACGUUGCCAAUUAAUGCGUUCAGCGGCCAUGGCUGCGGCUGCUGCAGCAGCUGCCUCACCUCCCUCCGCUGCCCCGCCCAUUGGUGCUGCCUGCGAGCCUAUGCCCAUGGACUCUUCUAGUGUGGAUAGUGAAAGUGACAGCUCCAGCUCAUCCUCAUCAUCAUCUUCGUCUAAUCGAAGCGCUGCUGGCCUACGUCACAAUAAUGCACGACAACGACGUCAGCGUCGAAGCUGCUCUUCACAUAGUUCCCUAAAUGAUUAUCAUGCUUUUAAUGAGAACGAUCAAAUGGAGAGUGACGAAGAAAAUGAUGUGGAAGUAGGAGCCGAUAUUAAUAGAGAUGCGAAUGCUAGUGGUGAACACAAAUCCGACGUAGUAUUGCCAGAAUUUAACUGCGAAGAUCGUCAAUCCUUUGUGCCGAAUUCCUAUGACAUACGCGAUUCUAGUGCAAAUGAUGGGAGCCUGGUUGACGAUGCGGCAAUGGAGGAUGAGUUUCCCUUAUUUUCUCCUAUUCUGAGUGGCAUGGGUUCUUCGCCACCACUACAUGUGACAGCGAGAAUUAAUUUAGAAGCAACCACGGAUAAGAAAAUUUCGAGAGAAGCCGAUGCCGAUACCGAUGAGCCAAAUCGCAACUGAAUACAGGAUGGUGGCAGUGUAUCCUGCAAUUUAUAUAUUUAAUAUAAUUUUUUUUAUUUAUUUUUAAUUUACUACUUUUGUGAGAUGUUCUUUAAUUUCGUUACAAAUUUAAAACUUAUUAUCCAUGCGCAGUGAGUCUCCUGCUAAAGGAGCUACGAACAUAAAACUAAAGUGAACCAAAAAGUGUACAAAACAAUGUUUUCCUAUGAAUCCUUAAUAAGUAACGUUAACGAGGCGAAUAAUUGUUCUCAAAAAAUUUUCACCGGUGUACAAAUGCAUAAUUCGAGGGGUUAUUAUAAUGCGAUUCAUAUUUUUUAGGCCGGAUACUUAAUUAUCGCGUUUGUUAUCAAAACUGGUAUAUGCAAAAAUUUUUAAAAAUUACCGUUUUUCUACAGCCGGCAAAUUAUGUUCUUUGCAGACGUAUAUUUAUUCAAUAAAUAUUUAUUACAUGUUUCAAAUAUUAAAAUUGGGAGCAAUUAUUAGGGUCUCUAACAUUAAAGCACAAUCAAUGGUGUUAGCGUUAUUGUAUUGUAUAUCUGAAUUUAUAAGAAAAGUUCACGCUUAUGAAUUUCUUUAACCACUCCUCUGCACUUUUAGUUUUAGAAAAUGCAUUUAUAUUUUAAAUUACGAAUUUUCAAUGUCUUUGGCCCACAUUUACAUUAUAAACAUAAGCAAAUACUAUUGUUUUUUUUUUUUAAAUAUGGCACAUUUUUAAUACUUUGUGGGCAUUAAUAAAAUAAAAGUACACACAUUACUAUCCUUAUACACACGUCAAAACCACAUUUUGAAGGGUAGAAAUAUUUAUCAGCAGAUCUUUUUUAAUCAAAUAAUUAUUUUAGUUUUUCUAAACUACUUUCACAUAACAGUUUUGGUAAAUAUAACAGUAUAUAAAAAGUAUGAAAAGAAAAAUACCAAACUUGUGAUAUUUUCAUGUGCAACUUUUAAUAAAAAAAUUGAGAAAAACCAAACAUUUUUGGCAUAUAAAAAUUGAAAAACGAGAAAAGAUACAAAAAUUCGAAACAAUAUAUUUCGCUACUCGCAGAUAACUUAAACUCUUAAUUUAAUGUUCUCAUUUUAUUCAUUUAACAACUUUAAAUAAUAUUAAGACGGGACUCUUAAUUGUGUAAUAUACAUUUGAUAUACAGGAUUGUGAAUAUAGUGAUUGGUUGAGAAUUAUGUAAAUAGAACGUGCUUUAAUACUGUCGCUGUGUUCUCAAUUGUGACCAUCUUAUGUAUUUUUAGACACCAUUUCGUGAAAAUAUUCUUUUUUUUUGUUUUUUUGUUUUCUUGAUAAGAAUUAAUUUAUAAAUACAUAUGUAUGUAUAAUCCAUACACUCAAAUACAAAAAAAAAAAAAAAUAAGAAUUAAAAAAUUAAUACAAGUAC